UGUUUCAGAUAACCUGUCGCAUCCUCGUCAUAGAUAGCAGUCAACAGUUACAUUCGCGUCUAUAGCACCGCCGCUCAUCACAAAACCUCAGUACAUCUAGGACGAUUAGGAAGAUCAGAGAAGUUAUCAGAAAGCGGUUGACUUAGCUGGGAAUAUUUUCCAACAACUAUUUUAAGUGGUCAUUAAUAUGUUCGGAUGAUAGUAUCGGAGUGGUUUUACAGGUUAACUAUAACGGCGCGAUGUGGGCAAAAUGAUUUUCAUAGGAGAAGUAAUGGGACGUCGACUGUACUGUGAAAUUUAAGUGAAUUUAGAUUUUUACAUUACAGAGUUGUUUUGUGAUUUUUACAUAUAUUGAAUAAGGAGAAAUACCGUUUAUAUGUAUGACGUGGAAUACAACAUCAAAAACAUUAUACAUACAAGCUGAAAGAUUCUUACGGCUGUGCAACAGAAAAUUAAUGGUGUAGAUCGGCUGAUAGAGGGAGGAACAAUGGGUGACAAAGACGAAAAGAGCCCGGAUGAGAACUGUAAAAUGGUGGACCAGCCGUACCUCCAACAUCCUCAAGUGACAAAGGCGAUGGACGCCAACAACAAGACCCAUAUCAUGAUGGAGGAGGGACAGCAAGAGGAGAGGGAAACCUGGAACAAGAAGAUCGACUUCCUCCUCUCCGUCAUAGGCUUUGCUGUGGACCUCGCCAACGUCUGGCGAUUCCCAUUCCUGUGUUACAAGAACGGAGGAGGUGCAUUCUUAAUACCUUACGGCUUGAUGUUGAUAUUCGGAGGCAUCCCCUUGUUCUACAUGGAGCUUGCUCUUGGCCAGUUCUACCGGACAGGCGCAAUCACGUGUUGGGCGAGAAUAUGUCCCUUAUUCAAAGGUAUAGGCUGGGCUGUAGUACUUAUUGCGUUUUAUACGGACUUCUUCUAUAAUGUUGUUAUUGCGUGGGCGCUGCAUUUCUUCUUCGCCUCAUUCACUAAAAACCUUCCGUGGGAAACGUGCAAUAAUGAUUGGAACACUCCAUUAUGUUUCGAGGGGAUUCUGGAUCCCCCUACAGAAGAGAGCAAUUCCACCAAUGUCACUGUCAGUUCUAGUAACAUUACUUCGAGUGACGGAUUAACCGUCAGCAGUAACGCUACAAGGGUGUCACCGGCCAGCGAGUACUUUGAGCGCGGCAUGUUACAGCUUCACAAAAGUGGGGGAAUAUUUGCAGUGGGCGAGAUCAACUGGCAGCUGAUGUUGUGCCUACUUGGGGUCUAUCUGAUAUGCUACUUCAGCCUGUGGAAGGGCAUCCAUACGUCUGGCAAGGUGGUGUGGUUCACAGCCUUGUUCCCCUAUGUGGUCCUCUUCAUUUUGCUGAUCCGAGGGGCCACUCUGCCGGGAGCUGCAAAGGGCCUGGAAUAUUAUCUCAAACCGAACGUCACCCGACUUGCAACAUCAGAGGUCUGGAUAGACGCAGCCACCCAGGUGUUUUUCUCCCUUGGACCGGGGUUUGGAGUACUGCUUGCCUUUGCCAGCUAUAAUAAGAUCAAUAAUAAUGUUUACAGAGACGCCCUCGUCACGAGCAUGGUGAAUUGUUGUACCAGUUUCUUUUCCGGGUUCGUCAUCUUUAUGAUUCUGGGUUACAUGGCUGACCGGGCAAAGGUCGACAUUGCCACAGUGGCAUCUGAAGGGCCUGGUCUGGUGUUCGAGGCUUACCCAAUGGCAAUAUCAACCCUACCGGGAUCGACAUUCUGGGCCAUCAUCUUCUUUCUCAUGUUGCUAACCCUGGGACUGGAUAGCUCGUUUGGAGGUUCGGAAGCCAUCAUCACCGCCUUGUCAGAUGAGUUUCCGGUUCUUCGGAAGCACAGGGAAAUCUUCGUGGCGGUGCUUUUCGCUUUAUACUUUCUAAUCGGCCUGUCAUUCGUGGCGCAGGGCGGUGCCUACGUGGUGACGCUGAUGGAUAAGUAUGCCGCGGGCUAUUCCAUACUGUUUGCAGUCUUCUUUGAAACUCUGGCAGUGUCCUGGGCUUAUGGCGUGGAGCGAUUCUCUGACGACAUCGAGAGCAUGAUUGGUAUCCGGCCGGGAAUUUACUGGAGAGUCACGUGGAAAUAUCUGGCUCCCGUUUUUCUUCUGUUCAUCAUGAUAUUUGGACUAGUGACGUAUAAGGCCCUCGAGUACGACAACUAUGUGUACCCAUGGCAAGCCAACUUCAUUGGAUGGUGCAUUGCUCUGUCGAGCAUAUUAUGCAUACCGGGGUUCGCCAUCUUUCAGCUGCUUCGGACAAAGGGGUCACUUCCUGAGCGGUUCAGAUUUCUUAUUACCCCACAACGUGACCAUGUACGAGCCAGUGAGGGCGUGGCCUAUAAUGACGUCAGAGUUAAUGGCGGGUUGGGAGUUCACGUGUGAUUUACUAGCCAAUCAGGGCGCAACAAACAUUUUAGUCGUGAUUAACCGACCAAUCAGCGCGAGCAUGUUUGAAAGGCCAAAAUGACGAAUUACGUCAGCCAAAAUAAAGAGUUUAGGACAAAAAAGGAUAAAAAUGAACACGCGUUCUGUUUGGAACAAUUAAUUUACAAGUGCAAUAUUCAUUUGUGUUUUGUUAAAUAGUAAAUUUGUUUUUAUUGAUAUUAAUUAUGUAGUGCAAAACGUAUUAACCUCAAUAUGUCGUUUUUUUGUACCAGUAAAUAUAUGUACCCCAACUGCAUUCAUUGUUAGUUGUAUGCUCCUGAAACAGAAGUACGUUUUCACGGUAGAUAUGAACCGAUUUCAAUCAUAUUAAGAUAUCAAAUACAUGUUACUAUAGCAACCUCGUUAUCAACUUAUUCAAAAGUGUUAUACAGUUGGUAACUAGCAGAUGUACUUGUGUAUUUUGUUUAACUUUGUGAAACAAAUAAGUUUAUUAAUGUUGUUAUAUGCACACAGAAGUUAAAGCUGCACUCUCACGGAUUUGACUGUUUUGUCUUAGAAUCAGUCAAUUUUCGCGUUGAUGUCUGAAAAACAGUGAUAUAAGACUGCUGACAAAAGAUCAGAUCGCAGGUUUUCAUAUUUACCUUUUAAAAGCCAAAAUAUGAUAUUUUCUUAAAGCGUUAGUAACGCUUUAAAUAACGCUUUUAGCCAUAAAAAAUAUUUUUGAAUGUACAUAUGAAAACAGUGACCUGAUCCUUUGUAAGCAGUCUUAUAUCAAUGGUUUCAAGAUUUGCACAAACUUUGGCCAAUUCCAAAAACAAACAAAAAGUUGUCAAAACGGUCGAUCUGUGAGAGUGCAGUUUUAAACACAAACCGUUGGUAAACCUAAAAAAAUGUACAUUAUAUAUUAUUACAACCAUUCGGAACUCCUCGGCCAUUUUUAUCGAAAACAUCGGAUGUAUUUGGACGGUUUACAUACUCAAAAAGAGGUACGUUUAAGUCAGCUGCAAGUAGAUCGCGUAGUAAUUUUAUUUGGCAGUUAAACUUCAUGACUUAGCUCUUAGGAAUCUUACUUAUAUUUGCAAUAAUACACUUCACUGUCAAUCAAUUUAAACUUAGAUCAAUAAAUACAACUCUAAAACACUACAUUUAAUUUAUGAUUACGGACUACUUCAACUGAUGUACCGGCAUACAUCCGAGGUUGUUUUCGAUAAAAAUGGCCGAGGAGUUCCGAAUGUAUUACAACAUGACGGGAAGAUAACUGUUUAUGUAUUUAUCGUUGUCGAAUUGUAAUUGUUAAGUUUAUAUGUUUGUUGUUCUAUGCACUAGUUUAGGCAAAGUCUGUAAUGUAAUAAUAAGUACCCUUAAAGAAAUUCUAGUCCGUUAAUAAACAGCAGAAAUUAUAGUCAAUAUCCUAACAAAAAGGACUUUGGAACUUACGGAAAAUCUAGUCUGCUGACAAACAGCAGACAUGAUAGUCAAUAUCCUAACAAAAAGGACUUUGGAACUUACGGAAAAUCUCGUCUGCUGACAAACAGCAGAUAUGAUAGUCAAUAUCCUAACAAAAAGGACUUUGGAACUUACGGAAAUCUAGUCUGCUGACAAACAGCAGACAUGAUAGUCGAUUUUCUAAGAAAAAGGACCUUUGAAACUUAUGGAAAAAUUAGUCUGUUGAUAAACAGCAGACAUGAUAAUCGAAGUUCAAUUAACAUUUUAUCAUGGUAACAAUUGAUCAAAAACAUACUUGUAUAAUAAACUAAGUUUUAGUUUUCAGAAAAGUUUCAUACUAACAAAUUAAACCAUUCAAUGUCUAUUUUUUACCAAACAAUAUUUGACACAGAUUUAGCCUAAUGUGCCUUACACUAUACAGCUGCUUUUGAGCAUAUCAAAAACUUCAAUGAAAGGGCAAAAAAAAUGUCUACAAGUUUGUAUCCCAAUACAAUUAAAUCAAAUAGAAUCAUAUACUAGCAAGUAUUGAAAACAUGCAGUGAUUUGCCCAGUCUGUAAGCAUAGUUGUCUUAGAACAUUGUUAUUGUUACUAGAAGUUACACAUUUGUUUAGUUAAAGGCUCUCGUUCACUGAUUUUAUGUCGGCAACGAUUAGUUUUAAACAUUGUUGAAAAUGAAUUAUUUUACUUAAAUUUAUAAACAGACACCAAAACAAAAUAACAGAUACUCCUUUAUAACAGAAUUCUUUAAAUCCCGGAAGCAUAAAAUCAUUCAAAUAUAAAAAGCAAAGGGAAUACUUUCCUGCGAAAUAGAGAUGGUUCAUCAUCUUUAUCAACAAAUGACCUAAUUUGAUGUUUUAUCAUCUUAAAGGGACUAGAAACCAGAUGGCCCAAAAAUCGGUAAUAGUCUUUUUUCAAAACAAGCAUAAAAUUUUCAUUACAAGUUAGUACGAGACCGAUACUAGUGACUAGGUCAAUAAACCGGAUUAAAAGAAAAUUUUAAGGCCGUCUCACCUGAGUUUAUGCAUUAAAAAUAGCACAGAUUGGUUUCCCAGUUUAUAGCAUGUAUAUUUAGAAUGUGAAUUUAGUCACAUGAUUAGUAGUUACAUAUACCAACGCUAUUUUUAAAUUUAUUGGUAUUUAUGUGAUAGACAAACCCAGUGAAUUCCAAAUUGGAACCCCCCCCCCCACAAAAUCUGCGAAAGAUAUGUGUCAUAAGCUAUGUGAUACAUAAGUAAUAUCCAAUGCAUUGUACUAAACGACAUCAAUUUUAUGUAAGGUUUUGACAAUCUUCUUUUUUUCUUGCAAAUGUAUCACCUGGUGUCUAGUCCCUUUAAGCAUUAAGUUCACAUUUCACAAGAAUUUAUUUGUUUCAAUGUCUAAGCCUAUAAAAGGUGAAUGAGAUCCUUUAACAUGUUACGUUAUUCAUAAUCCUUGUUGAGUUAAUGUUACCAUGAAUAUAUUCUGCAAACCUGUUAUACAGUGCAUUCAAUGAAAUGUGUUAAGUUUUGUACCAAAUUUGUAAUUUUAUAUACCGUAACCGUAGUCUGUUAACUGUUUUGUAAUACUAUUCAUACAUGUUGUACCUAUAUAAAACUACCAUGUUGGUGGGUCAUCAAAUUAUGCCAUUUGUAUGAUUUCAAGCUUGACUUUAUAGGAUGCCAGAGCAUACCAUUUACUUUUGGUAGAAAAAACAACAAAGCAUUAACUAUUGGUAGAGAAAUCAAAGCAUACCAUUAACCCUUGGUAGAGAAAACAAAGCAUGCCAUUUACUAUUGGUAGAGAAAACAAAGCAUGCCAUUUACUAUUGGUGGAGAAAACAAAGCAUGCCAUUAACUAUUGGUAAAGAAAUCAAAGCAAACCAUUAACUAUUGGUAGAGAAAACAAAACAUACCAUUUACUAUUGGUAGAGAAAUCAAAGCAUACCAUUAACUAUUGGUAGAGAAAACAAAGCAUACCAUUAACUAUUGGUAGAGAAAUCAAAGCAUACCAUUAACUAUUGGUAGAGAAAUCAAGACAUACCAUUAACUAUUGGUAGAGAAAUCAAGGCAUACCAUUAACUAAUGGCACAAAAUCAUUUACUUUAAGGUAAAAAUGAAUUAAUCAAUUUGUGCUCUGUCAUAUUUGUUUCUUCAGAUACACCUUGGUAAUGCGUCUUACAUUAAAAAUUGUUAAUAAAUUAACUAAUAUAUAUCUGUAUGCUGUGGUAUAAUAUUAUUUCAAUGUCAAAAUUCCUACUUAAAGAGAAAAUGACACUCAAGUGCCCCUGUAUUACCCAUGGAGACAGGCACCAGUCACCAAAAACUAAACAAAACCACGACCUGUAAGGACAUACGCAUUAAAACCUUCGAAAUAAAAAAAACUUUUGUUUUCACCCAAACACAAGAAAGUGAGUAUAGUAAAACCAGAAGUAGAUUUAAAUAGGGUAAAUCUCUGAUGUCAUGGGUAAAAAGACCGCCAGUGUAUACAUUUGUUCAAUAGUGAAUGUUUGUAAAAUGUUGUUAUACAGUUCUUAUAUAUUGUAUCAUGUAAUGAAUAUUUGUAACAUUUAUAUACACAUUGUAAAAGUAGUUAGAAAUAAAACUACAAAA